CUGAGUACUAUUUCGUAAUAUUUUUGAUCUCCCCAUAACACCUCAAGAUCUUGCACCUGAGUGAGGUUUUAUUAAACAAAAGCCACUGUACUCCUCAUACUUGAGAGAACUUCUUUGAUACAUUUGAAAAUUGCAAUACAAACUCUGAUAUGUGGUAUCUGUGUGAGUUUUAACAGUCAACCAUGUCUGUUAUAAGAAAAUAAGAAAAAGCAGGUCUAAUGUAGGAUUUGUUCCACAGCUAAAUGGGAGUUAUUGUGAGGAACAUCUGCUGAGCAUAAUUACUAUUCUCAUCAACAGAAGCUCUUUAAUUUGCCAAGGCUAGUAUAUUGGUAGUCAGACCGUUUUUAAAGUAGUAUUUCAAGUAGGCAUUUGAGGUUAAGAUCUGACGAGAUGCACAGUUGUACUCGUGUAGACAGUUCUACUUUCCUCCAUGAGCAGUGUUCCCUCCUUCAAGUCCAGUGCGAUUUCACAUUUAGGACUCACACAACGAAAGCAAAAGUAAAAAUGAAAUCCCCCCCUCGGAAAGCCAUUGGAAGAUGAAAAUAUGGCGAUAUCCAAUGGUGGCAAGCGCGUCCUUUCUGUCCCACGUACGGCACGUGCUUGAACACGCGGUUAUCUCGCUGCCAUGGUUACCUGCCACAGGCUGGCACGAGGCUGGCAGGCAAGAGUUAAGGAGCCGUGUGCCAGCAGGACAGCGGAGCUAAACGCUGCACAUCACAAAGGCGCCGACUGCGCGUGCCCCGGCACAUUGGCGUCCAUGUGGUCUCUGCAGAGGGACGAGUGCUCCGGGACCGCGCGCACUUGCUUGGACAAAACUUUUAAAGGGGGACAUUAUUGUUUUUUUUUUUUUUUUUUUUUUUUUUUUGUCCUCCUGUUUUGGGGAAUGUUCAUCUCGGGCAACCGCAGCAUCACGGACUGCACGGCAACGCCACGACGUCAGCACGCGACAUUUAAUUAGUCGCUAAUUACAAGCCCGCGCGAGCUCGCGCGUCCUACACGUGAGCUGGAAGCCGCUGGGAGAUGCGCGUGCGCCGUGCUCGCGCGAUUUUGUUGCAAAGUGUCGGCGGAGGCGAGCGCUUGUCAGUCUAAAGUGGGGCUUAACUGGACGUGCAUCUGCUCCCUCCUUCUAGGAAUAAAAAACACAAAAAAAAACUACUGCAAAGGGAGAAGUUAUGGGUGACAGAAUACCGCGUCUUCAGGAGAGACAAUCUAUCGAUCACGCAAAUUUCCUCGGGGUGGAAUAUUCGUCGUUGUACAUGUGCAAGUCGAAGAGAGGGAUGAAAAGAGAGGAGAGCAAAGAUGCCUAUAAGUUGCCCCACAGGCUGAUCGAGAAGAAGAGGCGGGACAGAAUUAACGAAUGUAUUGGGCAGCUGAAAGAUCUGCUGCCGGAGCAUCUUAAACUGACAACGCUCGGACACCUAGAGAAGGCUGUGGUUCUGGAGUUGACCCUGAAGCAUUUAAACGCGCUCACCGCCGUCACCGAGCAGCAGCACCAGACGAUCGUAGCGCUGCAGAGCGGCGAUCGAUCCACGACUAAAUCGUCCAUCCAGGCCGAUGUAGAGGCUUUCCACUCCGGUUUCCAAACUUGUGCCAAGGAAGUGCUGCAGUACCUGCGGAGGUCGGAGAAGUGGAGCGCGCGCGAGGAGAGGUGCGCGCAGCUCGUGGGUCACCUGCAGAAAGUGUGCGCUCAGCUGCUGCCCGGCGCCCAGCUGCUCCCGCAGCAGCUCCUCUCCGCCGGCUCCGCUUCCCCUCGCGCGCAGGAGCCGCAGGCCAACUGCGUGCCCGUCAUCCAGCGGACUCACAACGGCGAGCUCAACGAAAACGACACGGACACCGACAGCGGCUACGGCGGGGAGGCGGAGAAGCACGAACUAGGCAAAGCGGAGCUCGAAUGUGGCGGCGCGAAGGCGCAGGGAGCCGCGGCGCUGCGGAUCAAGCAGGAAACGGAGGAGGAGCCCCGCGCGAAGAGAGCGAGGCUGGACGGUCACGGUCCGCGUCCCGGCGGCGCAGCCGUCGUGAAGCCGGAGCCGAGCGCCAGGUGCGGGCCCGACGCCGGUGUCCUGAACUCGCUGAUGGGACUGGGCGCCGCGGCGCCUUUCGGACAGGGCUCCUUCUGCAUGCCUUUCUACUUCAUCAACCCUUCGGCGGCCGCCUCCUACGUGCCCCUCAUGGACAAGUCCACUCUGGAGAAGUACGUCCUUUCCGCCACGGCCGCCGUGGGCUCCCCGUUCCCGCUGCUCUACCCGGGCUUCCCCGCCACCUUCCCGGGCGCGGGCAGCGGCCUGUGGGGAGGGAGCCCUGGCGCCCAGAGCCAGAAGCCGGAGCCGGAGCCGGACACGGACUCCUCCAACGAGCUGGAGCUGGAGUCACUACCUGUGGAGGACCUGGAAGAGUGUGGGGACGAGGAAGAGCCGCAGGAGGAGAGGGGAAGCGACGGGGAUUAAACAUGUGCCCGUGCUCCUCCUCCGUUAGCUUUGUC